AAAAUGGAACAAAUAUUCAACAAACACUCAAUUGUUGUCAUCAACAUCAAACAAAAAACACAAAGAUGUGAAAUUAGAGCUAAAUUGGCACAAUUCGGAGAAAUUGUGAAAUUAACAACACUUCCAAUGAAGAAUUCCAGCGGUAUGAUGUCUUUCUGUAAAUUUAACGAUAACCUUAGCAUGAUUAAUGCCAUUAGAAAAUCCAGGCAAGUGGAAAUUAACAACAAUUAUCCAAUCAUAAGGAAAGCUUUUGAUAAGCUUAAUUUGGAUGAAGCUGAUAAUAUAAAGAUAACAAUUAAAAAUAAUAAUAAUCACAAAUCAAAGUGCAUCGGCAUUCAAUGCAUACAAAAUCAUGUUAAGAGCAUUAAAGGUAACGUAAAUGAACUUGAGAGUUUAAUAGUGCGCAUCAAUAAGGACCAAAUUUCAAAACAACAAUAUACAUUAUUACUGAGACUAAUUGAAAUGAAGGAUACAUUUAGGAAUCUUCUAAACUUUUUCUCACAUGAAAAAGUAAACAAUCAUAUUUUUGUGAAUCAAUAUAAUUCAUUAAAAUAUGAUUGUCACUCUAAGUGCGGUAAUGUAACGGAAGAUUGAGAUUUGAAUAAUAUCUCGAGAGCUUUUUUUUAUCUUCAAAUCAAAUUAACAUCGUGAUAUUUUAAAUUAUGUGAAUUAAAGUAUUAAUAAGGCGAAUAAAACUGCGAAAUAUAUAAUUAAAC